UGUUCCACCGCUUUCUCCGAAGUGUGGAUUCCUGGCCGUUGCGUCCGACGAGUAUAGCGAUGCCAGCGGAGGAGGGUGCGGAGGAGGAGCACGAAGAGGGUCUGCUGACAGGUCACGCAGGCACUGAGACCGAGGCCGCCGAGCCAGAGGAGACACCCAGAGAGGUUCCCAGCCCCAGCCUGCCCGGCUAUGAACGAGAAGGCGACCUGGAGACCCUGUCGGAGCUCUCCGAGGCGCCCACGGAGAACCUCGCAAAUCCAGGUUCCCAGAGCAGAUGGAAGCCGGACAUGGCCCUCUUCUACCCCCUGCUGCACUCAGGGAGACAGACUCGAUGCGAGGCGAUGCUGAACCUGCUGAACAACCUGCUGGGAGCAGGUCUGCUGACCAUGCCCAAGGCUAUGGCGGAGGCAGGGCUCAUCACUGGCCUGGCGGCUAUGGGUAUCGUGGCGGUGGCCAACAGGUAUACCUUGCUGCAGGUCCUAUGGAUGAGCCACUCGGUGCUGAGCAACGAGGAGUGCUCCUACCCAGAAUUGGGCAGGCACGUCUUUGGCCAAAAAGGCCUCAUUGCCGUGUUGGUGUCCUACCUGGUCUUCACCCUCGGCAUUUUGUCCUCGUACUUGAUUGUCCUUGUUGACCUCUUGGCGUUGACAGCUCUCCGCGGAGCUCCAAGGCUUCUGCUGGUCUUCUUCGCAGUGCUCAUGUGUACGCCAGCGGCACUCCUGAGGUCUUUGCGGCAUGUGGCGUUGGUGAGCGCGGUGUGCAUGCUAGGUGUGGGCUGCCUGGUGGUGGUCCUCACCUCUGUCUCUGUGCGCGACGUGCUCUCGGGGGACAUGGAGAACGCGCCGAUCGAAAUGGCCGGCAAUGCAGGCGAUGUGGACCUCUUCCGCGGAGAUCUCCGGAGAUUUCUGUCAGGCACCGCGCUCUUCUCCCUUCAGUUCUCAGUGCAGGCUGGUGGGAUCGAGGUGCUGAGCCGCGUGGACCACGGGCAGAAUGAGGAGGCGCCGAAUUCCAUGAGCUCCUUGCUGGCGGCGGAACGAAUCUCCGAGGUGGCCUUUACCUUGGCGCUCUUCCUGUCCGCGACCUUGGGCACGGCGGCCUAUCUCCGGUUCGGGGACAAAGUGGCCGGUAACGUCCUCCUGGACUUCAACCCCUCGUACGCCCCGCUGCUGGUGUCUUGGAUCUCCUAUGGCUUUGUUGUGGUGUGUUCCUUCGCCUUCAUCAUGGUCCCAUGCCGUUUGGCGGCGCUGGACGUCCUCGCACUGCGCCGUAGGGACAACCCCAGCAUCGAAUCCGUGCCGAAGGAGCGCUUCAUGUCACUCACUGCUGCGCUUCUCGGAGUUUGCGCGGUGGUUGCAUGGACGGUGACAGACCUCUCCCACGUUCUCAAGUUCGUUGGGGUUUGGGCGACGAUGGCGCUGGCCUUCGUGUUGCCCUGCUCCUUCCUCAUUGAGCUUCGACGGCGCCAGGAGGGCGUGUCGGUGUUUUCCUCUGCGAACCUCGUGGACCUGGUCUUGAUCGCCUUCGGGCUUUGUGUCGCUUGCGCGGCUUUGCUGGAUCUCUUCGCGCCUUCAACGCCGACGCCGCACCGUGUCUUUGUGCCGAACAUGGCGGAGGUUGGUGGGACCUUCCCGACCUCUCAAGUCGUCUUGGACCCUGACGCCUAGCCACUGGCUGCACGCCCCAGCUGGGCCACGCGUGCAGCCAUGAAGCGUCGAUGCUCACCGGUUCCACACACACCGCGGAGCCCGCAGAAAUGUGCUUCCGCAUUGGAAAGCGUGAUGUGCGCGCCGCA